AUGGAUUGUUUGCGAAAACAAGCUGAGAAGAUUCCUAUUCUGGAUGCCUUUGAGAAGCGUAUGAACAUCAGGAAGGAGUAUGCUCUGCUUGGAAUAAGCUUUCUCUGUUUGGUAAUUAUCAUGACAACAUCUCUUGGUCCAUUAGUAACAUCCACCAUCGGGAUAAUUGUUCCUCUUCAAGAAACCCUUGUUAUAUUGAGGCAGGUCAACCCAAAAAAGGAAGAGGGAAAGCAUAUGCUAGUGUUUUGGAUGGUCUUUGGAAUCCUAACAUCCUUAGAUGCUUACUCCACCACAGUUAUCAGUCUUAUUCCCUUAUGGUACACUAUAAAGUUCUUUUUCCUUCUAUGGGCAGGUCCUCUUAGAUUCCAUGGGGGAAUAAUCAUUUAUGAUAACAUACUAGCACGCAUUCCAGAGAGCUGGUACAGAGAAGAGUGUGGAAUUGAAAAUGCGGUGAGAAAAGCAACCGACGCCGUCAAAACUGUUGCCGAAAGUGAAUUGAGCAAAAAAGAUGUAAUUGAAAGCAAUAAGAAAACCGAUUAA